GUGAGACGUAAGCGCGCGCGCGGAGGUGUACAACGCUAUAGUCGGGUCAGAUAAUCAGGGGCGCGAGCGCGGUUACAGUUUGCGGAAGUGGAAGAGUUUCGUCGAGGCUUUGAACAAACACGGUCUUGUUUGUUGUGGUUCUCCCACGCUUUAGUAGACGUAAACAAGCACAGAUGUUUUGGUGUGAACUUUCUGCGACCCCGUGAUGAAGAUCCAUGGUAAAAUCCUGACCCACUACCUGUUCAGCGGUGCACCUGAUAAAGAGGGAUACCUAUACAAAAAGGGGGAACUGAACACAUCCUACCAGAAACGUUGGUUCUCCCUCAAGGGGAACCUGCUGUUUUAUCGGGAACGCCGGAGCGAGCGCGAUCUUCUGGGUGUGAUUGUGCUGGAGCACUGCAUCGUGCAGCUCUGCGACUCUGAAGAGCACUUCGCCUUCUCUGUGUCGUUCUACGGCGACGCCGAGGACACAGACGGCCUGCGCACGUACAAGUUCUCAGCCGAGGACCAGGCGAGUCAGGAGAGCUGGGUCAAAGCCCUCCACUCGGCCCACCACGGCUUCCUCAAACUCCUUGUGCAAGAUCUGCGCCAGCAGUACCUCGACGCAGCAAGAGACAUUGGAGUCAACCCGGUGGACAGCAUGUCCACGAAGGAAAAUAUACGUCAUCUUCAGAAGCUUCACAAAUGCCCAGUCGCAAACUCUGUCUUUUACGAAAACCAGGCGCUACAUGCCCCACCCACCAGCUACAAGCAAGCCCCCAAACGCUCCCCUAAACUUUGGCCCAAGCGACACAAUCUCGGCCCUGGACCAGGCAUUUCAGAGUGGGCAGAGCCUAUGCAGGACUUCUGCCAAAUGCACGAGCACUUCGGACAGGAAGUGAGGCAACUGGUGGCCGAGUGGCAGAAGAAGAGACUGGAAAAGACUGCGCAGCAGGCUGAAGGAAAUCUGAUUGACUUGGGGUAAAAAGAAAAGAGAGAGAGAGAGAGAUGCUGAAACUACGUAUUUGCACCUGUCUGGCCUUGUAACUUCAAAAUGUCUGAAUGUUAAGGUAUUUGUGUAUAAAGUCAUGGUAGGUGGUGUGAUGAUAUCACAUUAUUUUUACAUUAUUUUACAAUACAUGGUACUUGUAUAACAUUGACCAACUCUAUUGGUACAGUAAUACGUAGCUGAUUGGAUGUUAAAAUCUUUUAAUAAUAGUUUUGUCAUUUAUUUUUUUUUAACAUUUUAAAAUAAAAAUCUUUUGUUUAUACA